AUGUCGACAGAAGUCAAGACGACAGCCUCUCCGGACCAGAAAUGGCUCGACAACUUCAUCUCCCUGCUCUCCCACGCGUACCUAACCACGCCCCUCACCACCGCAUUCAUCACCGAGAUCGACUCCACCGACCCCUCGUCCGACAUCUCCCAGGUGAUGACGCCCGAGCGGCUCACCAAGCACUUCACAUUGGGCAUCACGGCCGCGGCCAAAUCCAACGUCGUGCUCAUCGAGUCCGGCGAUUUCGCCGCCGCCGCACUCUUCGAACCCCCGGAUUUCUGCGGCAUCCCGCCCUCGCAGGCCCGUCGGAACCCCGGGCCCAUAUUGCAAGAGUGGCGGAGCACAGCCCGUAAAUUGAAGGCCAAAUACCUGUCGAUCCCCGAUCAAGGCGAGCACAGCUACGACCAGCCCGCGGCGCCGUCGCAGUCCUCCGGCGCCCCCUCGGAGGAUCCCUAUCCGGCGGAUUUCAACAAGGACACGGACUUUGAGACGCGCCCGUUCUACCACCUCGCCAUGAUCGCGAGGGACCCCCACGCUCCGGCGGACAAGAGCGAUAACGCUUUCAAGGCGUGCAUGGACUAUUUUUUGAAAAGGGCAAAGAGCGAGGGCGUGCCCGUGUGGUUGGAGACGGCCAGCGAGAGCGCCAUGAGGGAGUAUGAGAGUCUCGGCUUCCGGGUCUGUGAGGAGGUCGUCAUCGGCGAGGGUAGAGUCAAUGAAAAGGGCUGGCCCACAGAGGGUGGCAAGGGAGUCAUGACUUGGGCCAUGAUCUGCGAUGAACACUUGAAUUGA